CCCCAGCUGGGAUCGCUGAUGCCAUCCUCAUCGUCACCAAAGCGACUUCAUCCCCCUAAUAACGAAAUUACUCUCUUUCUUCUUCUUCUUCUUCCUCUCUCUCUCUCAGCUUUCUCUCAGCUUUCUCUCUCUCUUUGUCUGGCAACAAAUUAAAUAAUAAAAAAACUGAUCUUUGUGUGUCUCUCUCUCUCUGUAGCUUUGAAAGCGAAAAAUGAAGCUUCUGGAGGCCAUUGGGUCGGUUAUCCUUUUGCCUCUCAAUUAUCUUAGGAUUGAAGCUUCCUUUGCUUCUGGGAAAGUUUGUGUUUUUGUCACUUAAUGUUGUGAAGGUUUGUCCUUUUCCGUUUCUACACUGUGUUUCUGAUUCUGGGUAUUGAAUUUCAACUGGGAUUUGACAGGAAACUAACUGCUUUUUGUGCAAGUAUAAGUUUUUUUUUUUUUUUUUUUUUUUUUUUUUGACAUACAAGAUUUCUUAAGAGAAAUUAGAUCUUACCAAACAUUUUACUUGGUGCUAAUUCAGUGAGUUUAAGUGUGUAGGCAUUUGGUAGAUAAACAUUUUAUUGGAAGACUGUUCUUGUUUGAUCCCAGUUUGAGAUAGUUGGUCUUGCUAUCUAGCUCAAAUUUGUAUGUUAAAGGUAACCCAAAACUUGAUAGAUGGUUUUGUUUCUCUUGAGUGUUGAAAGUUUGUUAAUUUUCAAUUUGCAUCACAUUAGAUCAUCCCCUUUGUUUAAGUUUUGAGUGCUCUGUUUUUCUCUGAGUAUUGCGCUGCUUUUACUUGGAGAGUUUUUACUAUAUUGAAUCAGCAAGAUCAUAGUGACUUGAGGGUCAUAUCUGAAGUUCUUAGAAUCAAUAGAUUUUUGGGGUCUGGCCAUUCAAGGGAACUAGUUGAUGCAUCCUAGGCUCCAGCUUUAGGUCUAAAGUAGAUUAAUGGCCAAUUCAGCUGAGCCAUCAUCUUCUUUGAGCUUCACUUCACCUUCCCAUAUAUCAAAUGGUUCAAUCAGCCACAACUUAUCUUCCUUUGAAGCCGUGCCUAGUCUUGAAGUCAUCAGUUUGACCAAGCUCAGCCUUAGUUUGGACCAGCUCUUGGGUGAUUCUGGCUGUGAUUAUAGUGAUGCUGAAAUCAUAGUUGAGGGAGAAUCUGUUGGUGUUCACCGAUGUAUAUUAGCUUCUAGGAGUAAGUUUUUUUGCAAACUAUUCAAGCAAGAAAAGGGGUCUUCUGAGAAGGAGGGCAAACCGAGCAAACCAAAGUAUAGUAUGAAGGAUUUGCUACCUUAUGGUGACGUUGGAUAUGAAGCAUUUUCGGUUUUCUUGAGCUACGUGUAUACUGGAAAGCUGAAGCCUUCUCCCGUGGAGGUGUCAACUUGCGUGCACAAUGUAUGCGCCCAUGACUCAUGUAGACCUGCAAUCAAUUUUGCUGUGGAAUUGAUGUAUGCCUCUUCCAUUUUCCAAAUGCUGGAUCUGGUUUCAAUAUUCGAGCGACGCCUUCUUAAUUUUGUUGGGAAAGCUCUGACAGAAGAUGUUAUCCCAAUCCUUUUGGUUGCUUUCCACUGUCAGUUGAGCGAGCUUCUCACUCAUUCUAUAGAGAGAGUGGCACGAUCAGAUCUUGAUAGCAUCUGUAUUGACAAGGAACUUCCGUAUGAGGUUGUAGAGAAAAUUAAUUUGCUUCGUCGUGAUUCUCAACAUGAUGGUGGACUGAACACACCACCUGUGGACCCCUUGCGUGAAAAAAGAAUCAGGCGAAUACAUAAGGCAUUGGACUCAGAUGAUGUUGAACUUGUGAAACUUCUUUUAUCUGAGUCGAAUAUAACCUUAGAUGAAGCCCAUGCUCUCCACUAUGCUGCAGCUUACUGUGAUCCUAAGAUUGUUACUGAAGUUCUUGCUUUGGGUCUGGCUGAUGUUAACCUUCGGAAUUCUCGGGGUUAUACCGUGCUUCACAUUGCUGUGAUGCGCAAAGAGCCAUCAAUUAUAGUAUUGCUUCUUAGUAAAGGAGCUCGUGCAUCAGAGCUGACAUCAGAUGGUCAGAGUGCGGUUAGUAUUUGCCGGCGGUUGACAAGGCCAAAGGAUUAUCAUUCAAAAACAGGGCAGGGGCAAGAAACGAACAAGGAUCGAAUUUGCAUUGAUGUUCUAGAGAGAGAAAUGCGGAGGAAUCCAAUGGCGGGAGAUGCAUCUAUGUCUUCCCAAACAAUGGCUGAUGAUCUGCACAUGAAAUUGCUGUACCUGGAGAACAGAGUGGCUUUUGCCCGUUUGUUCUUCCCUAGUGAAGCCAAGCUAGCCAUGGUCGUUGCUCAAUCCGAGACAACGUCUGAGUUGCCAUCAAAAGGCUCAAGUGGGAACUUGAUGGAGGUUGAUUUAAACGAGACCCCCACUGUGCAGAAGAAAAGACUCCAUUCUAGGUUGGAAUCCCUUAUGAAAACAGUCAACAUGGGUAGAUGCUAUUUCCCCCAUUGCUCGGAAGUCCUGGAUAAGUUUAUGGAGGAUGACCUACCUGAUUUGUUUUUCCUUGAGACGGGCACCCCUGACGAGCAGAAAAUAAAGAGGAUGCGUUUCAUGGAGCUCAAGGACGAAGUCCAUAAGGCAUUUAGCAAGGACAAAGCCGAGCUCAACCUCUCUGGGUUGACUUCCUCAUCAUCCACCUCGUCUCCAAAAAAAGUUGGUGCAAAUCACAAGACUAGGAAAUAGUGUAGGGCAAGUAAAUUGUAUCUAAUAAGCCUUGCAAUUACGAGUAAAUCUUUUUAAAGUUACUUACGAGCAACUAGUGUUGCUCCUGUCUGUAAAAUCUCAGCAGAUGCAAAUUGCCCUGUUAACUACUUCUACAAACUAGCAAGUGCCUAGUUGUCCUAGUUUUGUCCUGUAGAAGAUGAUUCUGCGUAGUUGGCAUAUUGAUCAGUGAAAAUUAGUUUUGCCUA